CAACCGCUCAGAGGCUCUCCUGUGUUUGUGCUCGAUCCGUGUGAACAUGAGCGCUUUACAGUUUAACAGCGUUUUGUUAGAGAUUUCUAACGCCAUGUCUGCUGAUCAGCUGAAUGAAAUGAAGUUCCUGGUUCUACAAGAGAUCGGGAAAAGAAAUCUGGAAAAGAUCGGCAGCGGUCGGGAACUCUUUCAACUUUUCAGGGAAAGAGGCAAACUGUCAGAAGAUAACACGGCCUUUCUUUCAAAGCUUCUCAAAGAAAUUAAGCGACAAGAUCUCUCGGACAAGAUAGACAACUUCAAUAUUCAGCCUGAACCUGACGAUGGCCUGAGUGAGGAGGAGAAAGCAAAACUGAAAAUUGCCACAGAGGUAAUUGCAGAAAAUCUUGGAAAGAGCUGGCGAAAACUAGGCCGCAAAUUAGGUUUGAGUGAAACCAAGCUGGAGUCCAUCUCUAACAGGCAUCCAACAGAUCUAGAGGAGACGGCAGUGGAGCUGCUCAAGGAGUGGAGGAAGAGUCAAGGAGCUGCAGCCCAAACAAAGAUGCUAAUAGAUGCUUUGAGAGCUUGCCAGUUGAAUAUGACUGCUGAUAAAGUAGAGGAAAGACUCUAGCAACCUAGAAUACACUCUUAAAUUGGAAAUUGUUGCUCAAGAUAAUGGCAAACAAAAAGGUUAAAAGUCAUGAAAGUAAUUUGAGUGAUUGAUUUGAAUUCCUGAAUUGUAUCUCUAUGUGCUGUUAUCGUUAUUAUUAGUAGAGUGUUGCUGUUUGGGUCUCCUGCUUUGUGAAAGCAAUGUUGCUCUCAGUCUUUCAAGGUGACAAAAUUGCUAGUGAUAUUUGUUAAUAUGACUCAUAUAUAAAAGUGUUCAACUUCUGUAUGCAAUCCAACAACUGAAAGUCAUAUGAAUUUGUUACCAGAGCUGUUGGUAAAUAUUUUUAUUGAGGUACUGGAUCUUCUCAUCAAAUGUCCCAAAAUUAUGAAAGGUAUUUUUUAUGUCACACUAUUCAUCCAAGAUUUUGCUCUCGAUUCAGAAUUUAGAUGAAAAGGGAAAUAAUUAGGAAAAGAAGCUUAUUUUGGAA